UGGGCGGCGAGAGCGGGAUGCGCCCGGAGAAGGCAGGCCCCGGGGGCGCCGGGGCGGCGGCGGCGCGGGGCGCGGGCGGCAGGGAGAAGCCGUCGUCCGUCGAGGUGCAGUUCCGCUGGGAGUCGCCCCCACGGCAGGCCGAGGGGCCUCGGGCCUCGUCCUCCGGCGGCGGGGGCGGCGCGGGCGACCCUCGCGAGGAAAAGAGGCCGGUCCUGAGCAAGGUGGUGAUCCGGCGCCUCCCGCCGGGCCUCACCAAGGAGCAGCUGGAGGAGCAGCUGCGCCCGCUGCCCGCGCACGACUACUUCGAGUUCCGCGCCGCCGACCUCAGUCUUCAUCCUCAUCUCUACUCAAGGGCAUACAUUAAUUUCAGAAAUCCCGAUGACAUCCUUCUUUUUAGAGAUCGUUUUGAUGGAUAUAUCUUCAUUGACAGUAAAGGCCUAGAAUAUCCUGCAGUGGUAGAGUUUGCUCCAUUCCAGAAGAUAACUAAAAAGAAGCUAAAGAAAAAAGAUGUCAAAACUGGAAGCAUUGAAGAUGACCCAGAAUAUAAGAAAUUUCUAGAAACUUACUGUAUAGAAGAAGAGAAAACUAGUGCCAAUCCUGAAACUCUUCUGGGAGACAUAGAGGCAAAGACAAGAGAACUUAUUGCUCGAAGAACCACACCUCUUUUGGAAUAUAUUAAAAAUAGAAAAUUAGAAAAGCAGAGAAUUCGAGAAGAGAAAAGAGAAGAGAGGAGGCGGCGGGAGUUGGAGAAGAAACGCUUACGUGAGGAAGAAAAAAAGAAGAGAAGAGAAGAAGAAAGAUUUAAGAAGAAAGAGGCAGACAAACAGAAAAAACCUGCUGAGAAAGAAGUAAGGAUUAAGCUACUUAAGCAGCCAGAAAAGGGAGAGGAAGUCCCCCUUGAGAAAGCCCGAGAAAGAGGUGAGGAGAUGGAUGCUGGCGAUGGGAAGCAGGAGCACUGCCCUGGCUGUGCCUCUGUGCGGCCCCGGCCCCACGAGGGAUCACUUGAGGAGCUCCAGGAAAGUGAGCCAACGGCUGCAGACAGUGAGCACAGAGUGAUAUCAAGAGAAGCUUCUAGAGAAAGAACUGCAAGCUCCAGAUACCACUUGGAUGACAGUAAAAAACCUGGAGCUUACUAUGAGUUUGACAGGUUGUUAGAAAAAAAUGAUGAAGAGCCAAAAUAGGGGAAAGGACUUGCUCCUGACAGAGGGAAGAAGGGGCGUCAAGAGGGUGGUGCUGCUCUGGAGGCUUUGGAACCCAAGAGAGAGCAGAAGAGUGCUGAUGGCCGGGCAUCCGAACAGGAGCGCAUGGGAAGCAAGGACUGGCCAGCUUUGCAGCUCUAGCAGCCAGGAGCUUGCAUCCAAGCCCGAGAGUAUGGUGGCAGAGCCUCUGAGGAGGACCGUGAUGGGAGGAGGGGUGAGCUCAAAAGGCCCAGGGAAUGGAUUCAUGCGCCAUGUUUGUGACUGAGUGAACCUCUGCCCAGCACCCCCUGGUCAGAAAGGGCACGCUGAAAAUAGAUACCAGCUGAAGAGAAGCUGCGGGAAGAAGAAACCAGAAAUAUAAACAUGAUAUGGAAACAUCACAUCCUUCCUUGGAAAGAAGCAAUCUUUAAAGAUGUAUAAUUUUCAUAUAUUUUACCAGUUCUAGUGUGAAUUAGUAUGCAUCCGUUAGCCCAAAUAGAAAAUAAUCUCUGAAAAGUAAGCAAGGAUGGCCAAAAUGGAGAAGAUAGUAUCGCAUUAGUGUGAUUUCCCAUAUGUGAAGAAGUAACUUCUCGGUGAGUUUUUUCCUAUCUGUUCACCCUCUGUGUAGGAUCUGUAGUAGUUCCUGCAUCCUUUUUCAUGGUGAGUGAGGCCUAUUGCUUAGAAGCUAGCACCUUCGUGACAGCAUCUAGCACCUUUGUCAUAAGCAUCCUCCAAAAUUUUGUGUUGUCCCUCUGAUGAUAGGGACUUUGUCACCAAAGAAAACUCAACAGUAGCUGUAAUUACCUUCUUAGUGGUAUUUUUAACCAGUAAUGCCAAAAAGCACAGGUUAGAGGACAUGGACCACAUGGGUACAGGAAUCUUGUUUUUAUAUUUCUUGCAGUCUCAGGCAGUUUUGUUUUUAAAUGGCUUAAAAGCUCUUUGAAGUUAUGCGUUCUAUAUUUCUUUGUCUUAGUGAAAAUUUUGUUAAUGUUCUUUUGGCACUUGCAUUGAACCACUUAUUAAAUAAAAAAUUUUGUUGCUAUGGA